AUGGAUCAGGUCGUCGCCUUCGAUGACCAGGCGUACCGCCGCCGCUACCAGGACCGGAUGGACAUGUUCAGCGCCCGAUGGGGCGCCAAGGGGGCACGGUGGCCUGGCGGCGUCGACAGCGGCGGCAGCGAUGAUGAGGAGGAAGGGGAGGAGGACGAGGGUGCGGAAACCGCAGGGGGGGCUGAUGCCGUGGGCCCCGAUGGCCUGGUGCUUCGCGCUGCUGGGACCGAGGGUUACGCGACGCCGCGGCGGCUGCGGCAGCAGCUGCAGCAGCAGCAGCGGCAGCGGCGACAGCAGCAGCAACAACGGCGGUGGCAGCAGCAGUGGCCCCAUCUGCGGCAGCAGCAGCAGCAGGAGCAGCAGGCGCAGGAGCAGCAGGAGCAGGAGGAGGAGCAGCAGCGGGAGCCGAGGCAGCAGCGCUGGCCCGACGACGGCGACCCCAUCGCGUGGCUGGCCGCCGCGCGCCGCGCGAUGAUGCACGAGCUCAACCGCGGGGAGGCCCCAGGAGACAUGACUCACUCCAAGCUGAUCCAGGAUGAGCUGUCGGAGCUGCCUCAGGCCGAGGACCCCCUGCCGCCCCCGGGGUGGCUGCUGGAUAACGACCUUGAGGGGGGGCGCCAUGGCAUGACGCCGCGCGAGGCGUCGCUCGUGGUCUGGACACUGGCCGAGUGCGGCCACCCCAGCCGGAGCCUGCUGACCGCCGCGAUGGCCGCCUAUGGAGACGUGUGGCACAUCAGCCUGGGGUACUACGAGAUGGCGCGGCUCAUCAACUCCUUCUCAAAGAGCGGCUACUACCCCUGGUCUUUCGUGGACAGGAUCAUUGCCGUGUUCAGCAUGCAGGCUGCGCGGCAGCGCAUGUCGCCGGACACGAUGGCCCUUAUGACUGAGGGCCUGGGGCGGCUGGACCACGUGCCAUCCGAGGAGUGGAUGUGGCAGUGGACGCAGCUGGCAUCCAACUCGGUCGGCGCCUUCACGCCGGACGAGCUGGCGUCCACGUGCUACGGCUUCCAGCAGCUGGGAGAGACCAACAACACCCUGCUCGGCUGCGCCGCCAUCGCGGCGCCCACCUUUGCGCCGGCCUGCAGCCCCAGGGGCCUUGCUGACCUGGCGUCCGCGUUUGCCACGUACGGCCUGUUCACCCACGGCGUCCACCAGGUCGUGCUGGAGGCAGCUGCCCAGCAGCUGCGCAACGCCGAGGAGCUCGCGUCGGCGGGGCUGCGGUUUGAGGACACACAGCUCGAGCGGCUCGUGCGGGCGCUGGUGGUGCGGCGCGGGGACGUGGACUUUGCCCCGCUGCUCGCCGCGCUGCAGGACGCGUUUGCUGCCGAGGGCGUCCAGCCCGCCGACAUCCGCCCCUCCCUGGCCGCCGCCCUGGUGCACGCACUGCCGCUCAGCAGCGCGCCGCCGGCCGCUGAGCUGUGCACGCUGCUGCUUGACGCGCUUGCGCCCCACCUGGGGUUGCUCGCCCCAGGAGGCAUCCUGGCGCUGCUGCGCAGCCUCCACCAAGCGCAGGCCCCGGUGGCAGAGGGGCGGCUGGCGCUGCUUGCGGAAGCAGCGGCGGGGGCGCUCGAGCGGGGUUGCGUGGGCAGCAGCAGCAGCGGUGACGACGGCAGCGGCAGCGGACUUGGUAGCGGCUGUUCAUCCAGUGACAUCAUCGAGGUGCUGUGGCUGCUGAGCAAGCUCGGCCACUGGACAGCCACUGCUGACGGCAGCGGCAGCCCCAGCAGCGGCAGGGCCACAGAGGAGGGCGCUGCGGCAGCGCGUGCGCCGCCUUCCGCAGCCCUACGGCUGUUUGCGUCAGCAGAGGCUGCGCUGGUGGCAGAGAUGCGGCCAGGGGCACUGCCGGUCGAUCCUGUUGCAAUUCCGCGGCUUCUGCGGCUGUGCGCGGGGCUGAGGCUCGAGCUGUCCUUGCCGGCGCGCACGGCCGCUCUGCUGGCAGCACAGCAGGCCUUGCCGGACAUGCGCGGGGAGUCAAUCGUGCUGCUUCUGCGCGGGCUGGCGGCGCUGCAGCCGUCGCCGGCACCGCAACUGCUUGUGCGGCUGGCAGUGAAGGAGCUGUCUGGCCGCAAGGGGCGGGAUGUGCUGCGGUGGCAGUGGGUGGACGAGGUUGCGGCGUACUGCCAAGGCCUGGGCGUGGACCUGGCGGCGCUCAGGCAGCAGCAGCAGCAGCAGCAGCAGCAGCAGCAGCAGCAGCCGCAGUCGUAG